UUUAGGAUUCCGAUUCAGAGAGAACAACGGAAACAAAAAAAAUCGGAAACGAUGCAGAAGAAGCUGAUUGCGAUGGUGACGGCGAAGAGAUUGCACCAUCGGAAUCUUCCCAUUCCCACAACAUCUCUCCAUUCUUUCACCCAUUGCUGCUGCAUCUCGUCACGAGCUCUCUCCAGCGUUAUCGAUCUCCGAGAGAGACUGAGCCGAAACCGUCUCCGCGACCUCGACAACCUCGACGACGCGAUCGCUCUGUUCAACGACAUGGUCGACGACCAAUCUCGCCCCUUCCCUCCAAUCAUCGACUUCAACAGACUCCUGAACGCCGUCGCCAGGCUGAAGCGCCACGACGCCGCCGCCGUCGUCGUCUCUCUGGGGAGAAAGAUGGAAGCUUUAGGGAUUCGAAACGAUCUCUACACCUUCAACACCUUGAUUAACUGUCUCUGUCGCUGUUUCCACCUCUCUCUCGCUUUGUCUCUCGUCGGAAAGAUGCUGAAGCUCGGGUAUGACCCGGAUAGAGUCACGCUCGGGUCUCUCGUCAACGGGUUCUGUCGAGGGAACAGGGUUGAUGAAGCUGUGUCGUUCGUUUGUAAGAUGGUGGAGUUAGGGUAUAGAGUUGACAUUGUUGCUUACAACACGAUUAUUGAUAGUAUGUGUAAGAGUAGACGAGCUGAUGAAGCUCUUAGUUUCUUCAAGGGAGUUGUUGAGAGGAGGAGAGGUGUUGUUAGACCUAAUAUUGUUACCUACACUUGUCUUGUGAAGGGUCUUUGUAACUCGGGUAGGUGGAGCGACGCGGCGAGGCUGUUGAGCGAGAUGAUGGAGAGGAAGGUGAGUCCUAACGUGGUUACGUACAGUGCGUUGGUGGAUGCGUUUGUGAAGAAAGGGAAGGUUUUGGAGGCUAAGGAGCUGUACGAGGAGAUGGUGAGGAUGCGUGUGGAUCCUGAUGUUGUUACUUACAGUUCGUUGAUCAAUGGGUUUUGUAUGGUAGAUAGGAUAGAUGAGGCGAGUGAGAUGUUUGAUUUGAUGGUCGGGAAAGGUUGUUUCCCGGAUGUGGUGAGUUACAACACUCUUAUCAAUGGGUUUUGUAAGUCGAGGAGAGUGGAGGAUGGGGUGAGACUGUUCCGGGAGAUGUCUGGAAGAGGAUUAGUUAGCAAUACGGUCACUUACAACACUCUUAUCCAAGGGUUUUUUCAAGCGGGGGAUGUUGAUACGGCUCGGGAGUUUUUUAGUCAGAUUGACUCUUUUGGUCUCUCUCCCGAUAUUUGGACGUAUAACAUUUUGUUGGGUGGUCUUUGUGACAACGGGGAGCUAGAGAAAGCGUUGGUGGUAUUUGAAGAUAUGCAAAAGAGAGAGAUGGAUCUUGAUAUUGUCACAUAUACUAUAAUUAUCCGAGGGAUGUGCGAGGCUGGUAAGGUUGAAGACGCUUGGGGUUUGUUCUGUAGCCUCAGCCGGAAAGGAGUGAAGCCUGAUGUUGUAGCGUACACAACAAUGAUGUCAGGCUUGUGUAGGAAAGGCCUACACUGUGAAAUAGAUGCAUUGUAUUUGAAGAUGAAAGGAGACGGGCUUAUGCUGAAUGAUGGCACGCUGUGUCUUAGAGAUGGUGACAUAACUGUAUCGGCCGAUCUUAUCAAAGAAAUGUUGAGCCGUGGCUAUGCACCACCAUCUGUGGGAUGCAAAAAAAGUGUUUCUCUCUUGUAAUUAUUACCGUGGAUUUUGCAUUUCCACUAUGAUGUUAUGCAGGGGUCCUGUCCUCCUGUCUUGCAAAUUCAUGUGUUUCAGUGGUGAUGAGAUCAUUGUCACUUGGUAUGUCUGAGACAUUUGCUUCAUCAGAAUGGGGAAUGGAUAUAUGCUUUUUUUCACGUAUCCCUCACUCCAAAUUAGAGAUUAUGCAUAACAAAGGGAUCCGCCAAAGGGGUUUGUUUGCGCUCUGCCAUCAUCAUCUUCACAAGCAGCGCUAUCUAUGUUGUGAUGAGCUUUCUUCAGCAACCUCCUUCUGAUCUCGACGCUUGAGGUACUCAGGAACAGAGGGAUGCAUGAAAAAGAACGUAUUUGACUGAUCGGCAUGAAGAAAAGUGAGCAUCACUAAGUGUACAGAUACACAACAAAUUUAAAGAACAUAAUUUCCUUCAUGAAAAUUCUAUGAGCACAAAAGGCAAAUUAUGGUCAGUGUAUACUAUCAUGCAAACAGUGAUUUUUUCUCUCUUCCAGAUGUAAGAUUCUCACUUGUAAGAGAAAUCUUAUCUUUUUGUUAAUUGACACUCAUUUUUACUCGUUGAAGUUCUGCAAAUUUUGUUUAAAAAUAAUAAUGCUAAUUGUGGUAUUCUCUGUUA